AUGAGGUUUCUAUCUAGAAAAAAUGUUAACUUCAUAUUUAUUUCCAAUUUCAUUUUCUUCUUCAACUGCACUAUUGUUGCGGGUGGCAUGUUGGCACCUGUUGAUUUCUUGGCCCUGCAAGCAAUCCGGAGAAGCUUGGAGGAUUUACCCGGGUCGAAUUUUUUUGCUUCCUGGGAUUUCACUUCGGAUCCAUGCAACUUUGCCGGAGUGUAUUGUCGAGGAAAUAGAGUUGUAGCUUUAAAUCUGGGUGAUCCACGGGCCGGGUCACCGGGUUUGACUGGUCGGAUCAACCCGGCUAUUGGUAAACUCUCUGCUCUUGCCGAAUUCACUGUGGUGCCGGGUCGGGUAAUCGGGUUUCUACCACAGACAUUAUCUCAGUUGAAGUACUUGAGGUUUCUUGCAGUCAGCCGGAAUUUCAUCUCUGGCCAAAUUCCGGUGACUCUGGGCCAGCUCCGGGGACUUCGGACCCUUGAUCUUAGUUUCAACCUGCUUACCGGCAGAAUCCCUUGGUCCAUCGGAACCCUACCGGCGCUGUCCAACGUCAUUCUCUCUCACAACCGGCUCUCUGGUCCAGUUCCGCCAUUCGGUUCCCGUAUCCUAACUCGGCUCGAUCUCAAGCACAACGCCCUAUCCGGUUCCCUUUCACCACUAUCCUUCCCUCCCUCUCUUCAAUACCUCUCACUCUCUUGGAACCGGCUCACCGGCCCCUUGGACCGGCUUUUAUCCCGUCUAAGCCGGUUAAGCUACCUCGACCUCAGCAUGAACAUGUUCACCGGUCGGAUUCCUGGCAUUAUCUUCAGUUUCCCAAUCUCUAACCUUCAAUUUCAGAGAAACCUAUUCUCCGGCCCCGUUCAACCGGUUCAUUUCGUAACAAUCCCGACCGUGGAUUUGAGCUUCAACCAGUUGUCAGGCGAAAUAUCUCCAUUGUUUUCCACGGUUGAGAAUCUAUAUCUGAAUAACAACCUGUUCACAGGUCAAGUCCCGGGUAGCUUUGUGGACCGGAUAUUGGCAGGCGGUUUAAGAGUACUGUAUUUACAGCACAAUUACCUAACCGGGAUUCGGAUUAAUCCAACUGCUGAGAUUCCACUAAGCAGUUCACUGUGUCUACAGUAUAAUUGUAUGGUCCUGCCCAUACGGACACCUUGUCCUUUAAAGGUUGGAAAACAGAAGACAAGGCCUGCUCAACAAUGCAGACGGAGAGGGUAA